CCGGUCGCCUCGGCCGCUAGUCGGGGAAGAGGCGUUGGGGCGAGAAGGGCGGGACGAUGUGAAGAGGACUGUUGGAGGCAGUUGGAACUUUGGCUGUGAGGUGUGCAUGAUCCAGUGUGAGAGGGAAGAUGCCGCAUAAUCGUCGCAACCAAGUCGCAUUGGUGAUUGGCCACCAGCAGAGGCUAGACCCAGCCACCAUUGAGAACCAGAACUUCGAGUCGACGCUUUGCUGUGUGCCGAACGGCUGCCUGACACCCGAUGUCGCCCUGAAUCCUCAAGAUCGCACGGGUGUCAGCAAGGUGCUAUGCAACAACGAACAGUGCCCUUUCUCGGGGUAUAUGCACCGGCAGUGUUUUGAUAACUGGGAAGAGAGCGUUCUGACAUACCUCAAGUCCUGUGGACGCGCACGGUCGUGGUCUGAAAAACAGCGUCAUCAAAAUUUGUGGACGAAGAAAGGGUACGACCUCGCUUUUAAGGCCUGUGGCUGCCGUUGCGGCAGAGGGCAUUUGAAAAAAGAUCUCGACUGGGUAAACGCCGCGAAAACAGGCGAUGAAGACAACACCAAGAGGCGCAAGAAGCAUAACAAAAGCAACAAGCCUGUGCUAACUCUGACCAUCCAGACGCCGGCUAUUGGAUGUAACGGCAGAUCACGAGCGAACAGCUUGGGGUCUACUGGAUCAUCCCCGCCAUCGUCUGGGUCAGAGUCGCCACACAGUCCCCAACAUUAUCAAGCGGUGCGCAAGAGAUCCAAUCCAAAGAACGAGUUCUUCGCAGAACGCCUUAGGCACAAUUCUGGAGGAAAUGGAAUUUUCGCCCGCCGAGCAGAUUUCAGCUCCUUCAACAUCCUACCAAAGCACAAAAUCAACUCGUAUCACAUCAAGAUGGAGGACGAGGGCUCCCAGGGCAACGACGACACCCGGUGUUUCCUGCUGUCGUCGCUCGCCUCGGCGCGCAUGUGUCGCACCUUCUGCGUCAUCUGCGGCGACUCGCUCGUCGUUUACGACCGCUACCCCAUCAUCGACGGCACGUUCUUCAUCGGACCGAGACAGCACUCGCGGGCCUGCGUACAGGUGCGGUACGACAACCGCGUGCAGUACCUGUCCGCCGUGUGCAUGGGCUGUCUGGAGGGCUGGACGGUACGGCUGCGGUGCCGGUGCUGCGCCAAGCCCUGGGACGGCUCCCAGCUCAUCCUGGGCACCAUGUACACUUUCGACAUCUUCGCCGCCACGCCCUGCUGCACAGAGCGACUCAAGUGCAACGAGUGCGAGUGUCUGGUGAUCGCGCCCGACCAGCGGCUCAACUUUUUCUCGGACUACAGCCACAUGGUGAGCUGUCCGUUCUGCACGGCGCUGGAGAACCACUUCGUGAAGGCGCUCUCCUUCUACCAACGCGUCGAGCCGCCCGCGUAAUGCCGGCCUCCCGGCUAGGUCAAUGUGUGCGUGGGCGAGCGAGGUGAGAGUCCCGGCCAGGGGCCGACCGACGGCGGCGCCGACGAGCCGCGGCGGCCGCAGCAGCCGCCGGCCAGCCGACCGGCGGACAGAUCGACAGACCGGCCGGCCGGCCGGCCGGCUGGGCCCGCCGCAGAGACACGACCGCUCGGCAGACGCGCUCGAUUUUUUAUGUUUUGAUACCUAGCGUAAGGCGGCUGCGCGAUCGGUACGUUACGGCACGGCACGGCACGGCACGGCGCGGCAUGGCGCGGUGGGCCGGGUCGGGCCGCGUGCCGGCGCCAGGACGGACUGGCGCCGGCCGCCGCGCCACCGCGGUCGGCGCCCGCUCGCAUCGCGGCACGUCCGCUUGGCCUUUGGACGGGACUGACACUAGUUGAUUUUGUUUGGUGCGCCCCGCGCUUUGCCUAGUCUCGGUGUUAAGUUAUGUAUCAGUUUUGCGUUGGAUUUCAGCAGUUUGCGCAGGCCCCGCAGCCGGCCAGUAUUUUUGUACAUAGGUCGCGUGCGGCGCGUGUGUGCGUGUGCGUGCGUGUGUUUGUGACUUGUCUUGUGACGCCGACAGAAAGAAGCGUAUUUUCUCUGCACUUGUGCCGGGCCGGCGCCGGCUCUGCGCCGUCAGCCGCGCUCCUUCGGGGGCCGGCCGGCGCCGCCGAGCCUGGUGCCGGCCUGCCAAACUAAACCUGUCGGGCCGCGUCGACAUUCGGUCGGCGCGGCUCGCACCGGAGGGGGCGUGUGAUAAGACGGGAUUGAGGUGGUCCGAGGCUCGCGCCGUGUUCACCGCCGCGUUAACCGUCGUCUUCGUCGCGCCGUGUUCGAAGCGCCCAGCGUGGCCUGACGCGUGAGGUCUGAGUCGGGUGUCGGCCGUCCCCCGGCCCCGGCCCCCGCCCCCCCGCCCGGCCGGUCACUUGGCCGGCGCGACGCCGACCGGUCUCAAGAG